AUGGAUUCUUUGGUUGUGUGCCGCCUUAGGAAGAACAUCAAGUUCCAUUUAAGUGACACUCCAAGAAAGGGUUCUCUGAAUAGAAGGCAUUUAUCAACUGGAAAUGAUUUUAAUUUUGCUUCAGCUGCUGUUAAUAAUGAACAAAUGACAGGGUUUGAAGGAAGUAAGGCUGUUGAUUGCUGUUUAAAGGAGUGUAGCACCAGUUAUAAUUCUCUUUCAGUUGGGCAGGUUGAUUCUGGUUCUGAAUCUGAGCAGAGACUAACUAAUGAAUUUUCUCAGCAUGAUUCUUCCAGCCACCAGGAUUGUGACGAUGAAGAUGAUUGUUUUGCUGAGAUAAUGAAAGACGACAUAAUCAAGCUUGAUGAAUCUUCACUACCUGGAACUCCUCUCCUGCCAAUGGUUGGCAGUUUGUCUGAGACUGAGUCAAAGUCAAAGCAGCCAGUGCAAGCAAUCAUGUCACGUGUGCUUCCUUUCCAGGGCACAGCAAACCGAAGACUUAGAUUGAACAGACGAAGAGCAAAAUAUUACCAUCCAGAGCCAUCAAAAGCAUUUGGAAUCGUUAAUGACAACUACACUGCUGAGGGAAUCAUUCCAAACUCGCAGCAAUCAAAAAGAUGUUCGAUUAGUAUAUUUUCUGCUACAAUGGUCAAUCUUCGCUUUGUGUCUGUAUUUUUGGUUAUCCUGACUUUGCUGGUAUUGUUUCUCUGCUUGUUGCACGGGUCCUGGAAACUUUAA